AUGGAUCCCACUUUGCUUCAGCAAUCUUCUCCGUUCGACUUUGCAGAAUCCAAAUACCUCGGGCAGGAGCGUACCUUUUCAAAUUCGUCCUAUUCUACCAAUGACUUCACAUUUCCAGGCCGAAGGCCUCAGGGCAGCUUGACCAGUGGUGCGUCAGGAGUGGCGCUGCCAGCAAAUCCUGGUCUUGACUUCAAUGGCAGUUCGCUUCUGAACGAGACACCGUAUCACCAGAGCUCACAAUUGUUGCUGAGCCCUCCUGAUUCCACCACUGGGUCAGCAAGCGCGGGGGGCAAUCCUACAACCUCUGCCAACAACUAUACGACUCUCCCUAAGCCGUUCCCCAGCAAUGCAUGCGCACCAGACCAUUUCUCGAGCGCACCUCCUUCAGUUCUCUCGUCUAACUGGCCUGGGCCCCCCAUGACGCUCAUGGAACGUCAACAACGAGCUCCUCCUUUGUCACCUCCCCAUUCGUACAAUUCGGCAAACGGCAUCGGGUCAACCUUCAGGACUAUGGGAGAGAGAAUACCACAAUACUCGGCCGGUCUCCACACCCAAAUAAGCCCGGGGCCCUUUCCAGGAGGAAUAAGGUAUCCAUCAAAUCCCUAUCCUGCUCGCACCAAUCCGGCGUUUCCUUUCUCAGUCCAAGAGGGUUCAUACCCAGGCCACAACAUGUCGACGCAUUGCCACGAAAGCCAAAGCACUUCGCGGCAAGAUGGACCUCCAUUUCACGACACUACUGUCCUUCAUCCUGUGUUAACCCCCCGCGGCCAUCGUUUGAUGCCAGAGAUUAUGGCCUCCAUACAGAAGGGGUUUUUCCAGGUGGACCGAAAAUGGACUUGCUACCGCCGAAACUACUUUGCAGUACAGUGUUCUUUUGGAUUCAGGAACGGCGUCGUGGAUGGACCGUUCUAUCUCAACAGGAAUGGCUCCGACGAGUUGAUCCAGCAGUUUGCAGUGUCGAUCACGGCAAAGACUGCCUCGACUAGUAACGGUGAAAGUGAGGCUCGAGGCCUUGUUCAGCAUACCCCUAAACGGGAUAAGGCAACAGAAUCUGUUCCAGGCCGCCAUCCCAUUGCACCGUCUCCCAACCAUGCCAUUGGUACAAAUGGCACGUACUCGAGUGCUGGGCAUGUGUAUGGUGCACCAAACCACCUCCAUUCGGGUAUGAUGGGUGCCUUUCCAAGCUUCGAGAACUCGGGUACCAAUUCAAUUCCGACUUCCCAUACAUUUGAGAGGAUUCAAUUCCAGAAAGCCACCGCCAACAAUGGCAAACGGCGUGCACAGCAACAAUACUUUUUGGUGGUCGUCGAACUCUCUGCGAAUGUUGGGAGGCAGGGUGACGAAAACUGGGUGGUGAUAGCAACCAAGGAAUCUGACCCUAUGGUGGUGCGUGGCCGAUCCCCGGGCCAUUACAAGGACAAUGGGCGGCGAGACAGCCAGGCUAGUAUGGACCCCGACCGCGGAACUGGGCAUGGGACCGAUGGGCAUGCCGGUCCACUUUCGUCAGGCAACUACGGGCACACACAUUCUUCCAUGGAUUGGAUGGGAGGUCAUCGACAGGGAAGCCAUUUCGGGGGUUCCAACUACCGUCAUGCCUCUGCUUCUCGCUUUUCUCCCGCGAGUUUAGUCUCCUCGAGUACCCUGGCUGGGACGCCAACGGAUAUUGAAGUCAGCCUUUGCGACUCUCGUACGGCUAAGUCGUCUUGCACCCUGUCGUCGGACCGGUCUGCACUGACGCCACUCUCGGAAGGCAGUGACGAUAUUAUGUUCAGCAGUCUCGACCGCGAGCGUACCAGUCGCAAGAGGCCAUUCGAGGACGAAGGAGACGGGGAGCAUAUCCGCUUCACGCUACCGGGGCCAUUCACCGACAGCAUGACCUCGCUCGUCGACUUCUCAGCCACGCCGUACUCAACGAAGCUUUUAUGCGCAUCAUCCUGA